GAAGCGAAGAAAUCGCCGGGAGCCAGUGAGUGUCGGCACACUCGGGUGGGCGUCUGUGACAAGUUCAAGCCGGCUUAGCGAAGCUCUGCGCGGACUCGUCCGAGGCAGAAGCUCGCCGACUCGCUCCACGUUACACGACGCCGUUAUCGCAAAGAAGUUGAAGGGCGGGGGAGAAAAAAAAAACAACAACAACCUGCGGCCACAUUACUUCGGAGUCGCCAGACGGCCGCUGAGAUUUAAGAAAAAAAGAAGAAGAAGAAGAAAAAAAGUCGACUGACACGGGAUAUUUUCUGGCUAAAACUUUCCACUUUUCCUCCACUUGAACUCGAAGACGUUUCAUUGACGCCGGUGGGAAGACUGGCCAACAUGUUCGGUGAGCACACCGCGGCCGGGAGCUUGGCGUCCAUGUCAGGGGUCGCUCGUUUCGGGAAAUGAUCACUGGCGGCACCGACGGCAAAAUAAUGCUCAGAAGAUGGCUCGCCACCUUCAAGCCGUUCAGGAUAUUUGUGGUGGGGAUAGGCUUCUUCAGCCUGUGCUUUCUAAUGACUUCUCUGGGGGGGCAAUUUUCAGCCAAAAGACUGGGGGACGCCCCCUUCACCAUCCGUACAGAAGUGCUGGGAGGUGUGGAGUCGCGCGGUGUGCUGAGGAAGAUCAGUGACAUGCUGGAGGUGAUUCUGAAGCGAAUGGACAGCCUCGCCAAGCUGGACAACACCACCGCCGCGGACACGCGACGCCUGGACGAGCUCAGCUCCGCAAUCAACAAAUUUCAACCAGCUGGCCUGAUGGAUAUGAUCCAGACUAUUGCCCAGAAUGUCUCCAACAUGGCAGUCAGAGUGGAGCAGAUACUGCAAACCAGCAUCAUGCAAGGCAAAGCAGUGAGAGAUGGGACAUCAAGCCAGUGCGACGUACCCAAAGACCCCCGCUACCCGGAGUGUCCCGGAAAAGUGGACUGGAUGCGAGCACGCUGGACCUCUGACCCUUGCUACGCCUUCUACGGCGUCGAUGGCUCCGACUGCUCCUUCCUCGUCUACCUGAGUGAAGUGGAGUGGUUCUGCCCCCCGCUGGCCUGGAGGAAUCACAGCAGCCAAGCCAGCCCCCAGCAUGUCUACCAGGCUAAGGGCACCAAGAGGCCUGCUGCCUUCCGCACCGACCUGUCCAUGUUACUCGACCAGAUUGGCGCAGGAAAGGAGUCUCUGAGCUUCAUGAAGCGUAGAAUCCGUCGCCUUGCGCCGCAGUGGGCGACGGCUGCCAACCGCCUCGACGCUAAGCUGGCGCACCGGUGGAGGGACCAGAAGAAGAUCUUAAUCCACGUGGGGUUCCUAACAGAGGAGUCUGGCGACGUUUUCAGCCCCAAGGUGCUUAAAGGGGGUCCUCUGGGAGAGAUGGUCCAGUGGGCCGACAUCCUCACCACACUCCACGUUCUUGGACACAACCUCAAGAUCUCCAUGUCUGUCAAGGAGCUCCAGAGCUUCCUGGGUGUGCCCCCCGGCCGAGGCAGUUGCCCACUGACUGGUCCUCUGCCUUUUGACCUCAUCUAUACCGACUACCACGGCCUGCAGCAGAUGAAGCAGCACAUGGGGCUCUCGCUCAAAAGACACAAGUGUCACAUCCGAGUGAUUGACACAUUUGGGACGGAGCCAGCGUACAACCACGAGGAGUACGCCACCCUGCACGGCUACCGGACCAACUGGGGCUAUUGGAACCUGAACGCCAGGCAGUACAUGACCAUGUUCCCUCACACGCCAGACAACUCCUUCAUGGGCUUCGUGUCGGAGGAGCUGAACGACACGGAGAAGAGGAGCAUCCAGCAGAGCAAAGUCAGCAGCAUGGCAGUGGUGUACGGGAAGGAGGCCAGCAUGUGGAAGGGCAAAGAAGGUUUCCUGCAGAUUCUCCACAAGUACAUGGAGGUCCACGGCACGGUGUACUACGAGACGCAGAGACCUCCAGAGGUCCCGGCCUUCGUCAAGAACCACGGCCUGCUGCCCCAGCACGAGCUGCAGCAGCUGCUUCGCAAAGCCAAGCUCUUCAUCGGCUUUGGUUUUCCCUACGAAGGCCCCGCCCCCCUGGAAGCCAUCGCUAACGGCUGUGUCUUCCUGCAGCCAAAAUUUAAACCGCCUCACAGCUCGCUCAAUCACGAGUUCUUCAAAGGAAAGCCCACCUCGAGAGAAGUGUCGUCCCAGCAUCCGUACGCGGAGCAGUACAUCGGCCGUCCUCACGUCAUGACGGUGGACUACAACAACUCUGUUGAGUUUGACGCUGCCAUUAGAGAAAUUAUGCGGACCAAGGUUGAACCUUACCUGCCGUACGAGUACACGUGUGAGGGCAUGCUGGAGCGAGUGCACGCCUACAUACAGCAGCAGGACUUCUGUGACCCCGAGCCACUGUUCGUCCCCGCCAACGUGUCCAGACAAGGUUCUGCUGGCGGCGUGGGCGGCGGCCUGGCGAGGCCUCUCUUUGCGCCCCUGCCCAACUCCACAGCUCUGGGCUGGGCGCCCGACGUGGCCUCUCCGCCCGCCGCCUGGCCCCCGCUCAGCUCGCUGCGGCUGCUGGUGUCGCAAGAGGGCGAGUCGUGCGUCGAGGCGUGCCGCGCCCGCGGCCUCGUCUGCGAGCCCGCUCACUUUCGCUUCAUCAACAACAAGGAGGCUCUGCGCAGGUUGGAGGUUCAGUGUGAUGUUCUGGACUCGGAGAUGAACCACGUCCUCCCGGGCUUCUCCGUGUUGCGGCGCGAGUGCGCACUUCAGCGCGAGCCGCUGCUCUUCAGCUGCGCCGGCCAGUCGCCCAAAUACAGACGCCUGUGCCCCUGCAGGGACUUCCGGCGCGGCCAGGUGGCACUGUGCAGGGACUGCCUCUGACCGCGGGACGCGCUCGGGCGGGAGAAUCGGUGGCGAGGCAGGUAAUGAGCCCGCUUACCUGAGAGUGCAGGGAGACGCCCUCCAUUGUGGAAUAGGAAGCGCGAGGCAUGGAUUGAACGUGUUCCAACAGGCGCCAGGGUACGAUAUGAUGGGGCUUCCUGCGUCGGCGGCGAGUGGAGAAGUCGCUGCUUACGGACGUCGGCCAAGCCGGUCGGAGUGUAGCCUUCCCCCCACGGAGGGCAGAUGAAGAACACACCCGCUCAUUUGAGGACCCUGAAGUCGUCACUUUGGAGGUAGAAGAGGCUGCGGUGUCAUUCCUUCCCUGGACGAGGAGGCCAGCGCAGUUCAAUAUCCAAUCUCCUCUCGGCGCGCGCACAAAAGGGAGACGGACAAGCGGGGGGUUAUCGCCCGGGCUUCCCCCCCCGCCGUAUCCUCUUCCUCCCCCUCCCUCGUCGAUUGGCAGAGUCAUUUAUCAGACCGGGCCCCCGAGUCGGAGGCAACAUCACUCAAUGUAAUCAUCCGUGGUCACAAAAGGCAGGAAAAGGAGCAGAGAGGACACAGAUAAAGGCGACAAAAUUAUUUUUCAAUGAAUACGCUCAAGUGGAUUUUUCAGAGUCCUCGCUGCCUGAUGGAGGAGACGUCACCAAAUAAAAAGAUCAUCAUGGAUCAAAGCCC